GGAAAGACUCUUGUGGACUCAUUUGUGAACCCCAUUAAAUUUUUUAGUUCGCCAUUUUCACAAUUUUUAGCGUGUCCACAGACACGUGCACGUGUACAAUACAUCCAUUGCCACAUUAUUCACAGAGUUUUAGAUAAUGAGUGCUAAGGAGAGCCAUAAAUAUCGGUAUCGACUCGUUGAAUUCGUGGGAGAAUUCACCGACGAUGGGAAAAAAAUAAUUGAAAUCGUUGCUGAUGGAUGGGUACGAAAAAAAUUUGAUGAAAACAUGAAAGAUUUCUGCUACUAUCCUCCUAAAAAAGAUUGGCCACAACUCGAACAAUGGCUGCAAGAAGAGCGUCCCGUCCAAAAUUCAUGGGGCAGUUAUGAGAUCGAGAUCCUUGGUAGAGCAGCCACGUUCGAGAAAGCUAAAAAGAAGCUUGAAAAGCUUUAUAAAACUCGCUCAGAUCUUGAAACAGAUUCUGAGGUGGACAGUGCCUCUGGAUUUGGUAUCACACGAAAGCGAGCUGCGAGUAUAUUAAAGACUUCUUAUUCUCUCGAGACCAUUGAAGAAGAGUCAAUUGUAUCUCCGAAGCGAUCCCGAGAAGAUGCUGAUUCUCUAAGUACUGGAACUGAGGCUUUAAUCCCUAGUGCUUUACAAAGUGAAAGGUCAAUGAAUCCAGUGCAAGCCACGCACAGUGCCUCAAAUAAGAUGCACCGAAGAAGCAUUUACGAAGAUCGCCUGCAAGAAUUGAGAAAACAAAACCAAGAUGAUCCUACAAAAAUGUUUAUUGCUGAUUAUCUGGAUGCAUCUCUAGCCCUUCUGUUACAUAACCAUAAAGGAGAAUUGCGCAAUUUGAGGAGAUGUCAUCAAUUGGACAUGGGUAAUCACACAAAUGACUUGAAGCAAUCCAUAAAAGCUCCUAUGAUGCCUAUUGGGGAGAAAUUUGUUUUGGUUGAUCACAAAUUGGGGAUGAAAAUUCCACUGGAUACACUGGGAGAUUUUGAGAAAUGGGAGAAAUCGCUGGAUUUAGACCAUGCUGAGAAUGUGGAGGAAGUCACUGAACGUCGAGCUGCUUUAAUGGAGUUCAUGACUGCUGAGACGUCGAGUUCGAAUGAUUUUGUGAAAGAUGCCAAAACAAUUCUCCCUCUCUUCAUUAAUAAGCCGGUACAACUUCUUUACAGUGGCAUUGGGCGUGCAACACGCGGAGUUGCAAAGAAGAACUUCAGCAAAACAAUGAGUUAUGCAUGCAUGAGAGACUUUCUCAAAGCCAAAUACAAGAAGUCAGAAAAGGAGAUGAUGCUCAUAACAACGACCAGUAACUGGUUAGCAGCCGCACUAGAUCGAGAUGGAGGAGCUGCCGAGAGGAAAAGAGCCCAAAAGUCUACAUAACAUCGGUUCAAUGGAACAUUUCCAGUAUUCUAUGUUUUUCUCACUUAUAACUGAUUCCAAAAAUUUUUGUAUUUUUCCAAGAAGAGACAAAUAAUU